AUGUCGUCCCGGACGAUUGGGCAGGAAAAGCUCUUCAAAAAGGUCGAAAGCUUCGCUCGCGAGGUUGACGACGAGCUUGUCGAACGUUGCCGUGCCAUCUGCCGACCCUAUGAUCAUCCUCUCAUCGGACCUGUGCUUCAGUACAAGGUCGAUGACUACAAUCUCGGUCGACACCUGGUCUUCUGCAAAGAUACGCAUCCGGGCAACCCGGAUAAUCCAGGCCGCGUCUGGAUGCCAGUCUCUGCGUCGCUCACCAUAGCCGAGCGCGGUGAAAUACGUGAGUUUCGCCGCGAGCAGGGGCUGCGCGCCGACGGCACGCGUCUCGCGAACAAACCGCGUCAGCAGACGAACAAGCCUAACAAGAAGAAAGCCAAAUCUCGCAAAGCCUCAGCCGGUGGCGGCGUGAUUGACCUCACUUUAGACGCCACCCCUCCCUCGGAUGCCUCCUCCCGAGCGCCUCCUGCCCGAGCGCCUCUCGCACGCUCACCGAGUGUCGAGAUCAUCCGCCGAGCGCCUCUCGCUCGCUCGCCAAGUGUCGAGAUCAUUCGCGUCGUCCCUGCUCCCACUCCCGUUCUUCACGACAGGCUCGAUGUCUGGUACUUCGUCGAUAACGAGAAGGCCCCGGUGUCCUUCACAUUCAAGGCCCGUCCAGCUCGCCGGGAAUUUCGUUUCCGCCAGUACGUGGACACUCUGCUAUGUGUAGAGAUCAAGCAGACGGAUCCCGUCAUGGUCCUUACCACGGCGAACGGCGGGGAUCGAACGUGGUCCACCUUCCGCGUCUUCGACCUUAUGAUCCCUCGCACUCAGUCCAAACUCGUCAUCGCUCGUCCGCGCGUGACGAAGCCGCACGCCGACAUACUAGCCUUCGCCGACCACGCUUACCCCGGAGCCGCUACGCUUGAAGGCCGUAUUCUGCCGUUACCCACCUGA